GCACCGCCGCACGCCUGCGCCGGCGCAAGUGGGGUUGGUAUAACAACGUUCACACUUCCGGAUACAUGAUAGUGAAAGCUUGAGCUGGCUGUGAGCCGGUGUUCUGAGGAUUACAUCCUGGUCUUCGGGUCACGUGACGACUUGCGAAAUAACAUGUGGCUGGCACUGCUAGCCGUUGUGCUAGUAGUCUGCUUACUACUAUAUUUGAACACACUCAAACCCAGAAACUUUCCACCUGGACCUAAAUGGCUACCAAUUUUCGGCAGCGCCAUAGAAGUCUCCAAGCUUCGAGAGAAAACCGGCUAUCUAUACAAAGCGGUGAAGGAGCUCUCUACUCUCUAUUGUAAAGAUAGUCCACUUAUUGCUCUUAGAAUCGGCAAAGACAGAAUUGUCAUGGUCAACAGUUUAGAAGCAAAUAAAGAGAUGCUUGCUAACGAAGACAUUGACGGAAGACCCAAAGGAAUCUUCUAUCAGACCAGAACAUGGGGGGAGAGACGUGGAGUUCUUUUAACUGAUGGAGAGUUAUGGAAGGAGCAGAGAAGGUUUCUGCUCAAACAUUUAAAGGAGUUUGGUUUUGGAAAACGCGGCAUGGGUGAUAUAGCUUGUGUUGAAGCUGGUCACAUGAUUAAAGAUGUCCUGAAUAUUAUAGGGAGUGAAAAAGGAGCAACAAUUCAAAUGCAUAAUUUCUUUAAUACAUACAUUUUGAACACGCUGUGGACUAUGAUGGCCGGGAUCCGAUAUAAUCCAAAUGAACCUGAGAUGAUAAUACUGCAAGGGCUUCUGUUCGAAUUAUUUGCUGCUGUUGACAUGGUAGGUGCUACUUUCAGUCACUUUCCGAUUCUGAGUGUAAUUGCCCCAACUAUGUCUGGCUAUAAAGAUUUUAUUAAAACCCACAAAAAGAUUUGGGCGUUUUUAAGAGAAGAGAUACAAAGACACAAAGAGAGGUUCAAUCCAGACAAAGAGGACAAAGAUUUUAUGGACGUCUACAUUAGGGUUUUGAGAGAAAAUGGUGAGGUGAAUACGUACUCCGAGGGUCAGUUGGUGGCGAUGUGUAUGGAUAUGUUCAUGGCGGGAACAGAGACGACCAGUAAGAGUAUGAGUUUCGGGUUUAGCUAUUUGGUGAGGGAACAAGAAGUGCAGAGGAAAGCGCAAGAAGAAAUCGACAGAGUAGUAGGGAGAGACAGGCCACCAAACCUCGAUGACAGAGACAACAUGCCAUACUGUACUGCCAUCGUCCAUGAGAGCGUCAGACACUUCAUGGGGAGGACCUUUGGCGUGCCACAUCGUGCGUUAAAGGAUACUAAGCUUGCUGGAUACGAUAUACCCGAAGAUACCAUGGUCGUGAGCAAUUUCACCAACAUCCUACUUGACGAGGAGUUAUAUCCAGACCCUUACUCGUUCAGGCCAGAACGGUUCCUGGUGGACGGUGCUGUGAAGCUCCCCGACCACUACUUCCCAUUCGGCAUCUUCAAACACCGGUGUUUAGGCGACGUUUUAGCUAAAUGCAACAUCUUCGUGUUCACCACGACGAUGCUGCAAAGAUUCUCCUUUUUACCAGUUCCGGGGGAACCGUUGCCGUCUCUGAACCAUGUAGAUGGCGCCACACCAUCGGCUGCGCCGUUCAAAGCUCUAGUUGUACCCAGGGCGUGAUUUGUAUAUAACUUUUUGUAAAUAAAUAUGUAUAUAUAUGCCUAAAUAUAGCUUUAUCUAAUAAAUCUAAUCCUA